CUGCGCAGUACGUUUUCAUUACGAUAUUCCGUGUGGCAAGGUUUUCGAAAAAAUGGCACAUAUCGGUGUGAAAGUCAUUCUGGUGAUUGCGACGUGCAUUUCCUCGACUGUGUGCGACACACAGACCCAAACCCAUGCGUCAAAGGCGACCGAAGAUAGUCCAGAACUGUACGGCAAGGCCCCUAACAUCCACUGCUCCUGUAACUGCGCGGUGCCCGCCCAAACCGACCGCCAAACCUGCGACAGUGUGGGCCGCAUGCAGUCGGACCUGCACGCACUCCUGGCGUGGAAAGGCGCCGCUACCAACCUCCUCCAUCACCUCAAGAACUCCUUACAGAUGGUGAACAAAAGUCUGGACGAUCUCUUGAAGAAAGGGUGUUCUCCAGAAUCGUCGCUAGUUGAAGACAUCAUCGCGACGCACGUGAAGACUAUUGUUCUUGAGGAAAUAGAUCACAGGAUACGAGAGGCGACUGAACAUGUGAUUUUUCGGGUUAAAGGUCCGGAUCCACUGGGGGUCGAGUCGGGGCAGAUUCCGGACACUCAGAUCAGCGCGUCGUCAGAAGUCAACAGCGGCCACGGACCGAGGAGGGCCCGUCUGUACGCUGUAAAUGAUGGGGACGGCACGGGGGCGUGGUGCGCUAAACACAAUGACGGCAACCAGUGGCUUCAGGUGGACCUACGAAAGCCUACCGAGAUACAGGGUGUGGUCACACAGGGUCGCUUCGGUCAUCAACAGUGGGUGGAAACUUACAAACUACAAUUUGGUACUGACGGGGACAACUGGUGGCCUUACACCGAUGCCUCUGGUCGACAGAAGGUGUUCCAAGGCAACGUCGACUCCAACACGCCACAGCGUCACCUGUUGGCUGAUCCGGUCACUGCACGCUACGUCCGAUUCCGAAUCCUGACGUGGAACAACCACAUCUGUAUGCGGAUGGAAGUACUGGGGAAUUACAACUAA